UCAUUAUGCGUUUCUUACUGUACCUCCCAUUGAUCGCGGGCACUGCCUUUGCUGGCAGCUGUCCCUACAUGAGUGGUGAGAUGGGAAAGCGCGAUGAUGCCGCCCUUCAAGAAACCACCGAGCAGACCGAUGAGUUCAUGGGCCAAUUCAAGCUCAACGAUGAGCAAGGCUUCAUGACCACCGAUUGGGGUACUCCCAUUGACGAUGUGACCAGUCUCAAGGCUGGUGCAAGAGGUCCUACACUGUUGGAAGACUUUGCUUUCCGACAGAAGAUGCAGAGAUUCGAUCAUGAACGAAUUCCGGAACGUGUUGUCCAUGCCCGCGGUGCUGGUGUUCAUGGUGUCUUCGAGUCUUAUGGCAAUUUCUCUAAUAUCACAGCGGCAAGCUUCCUCGCAGAGGAAGGCAAGAAGACUCCUACUUUCGUACGCUUCUCGACCGUUAUCGGUGAGAGAGGUGGAGACGCCGCCAGAGAUGUCAGAGGUUUCGCAACUCGCUUCUACACUGACUCUGGCAAUUUGGACAUCGUUGGCAUCAACCUGCCCAUUUUCUUCAUCCAAGAUGCUAUGCAGUUCCCCGACAUGGUCCACGCUCUGAAGCCUCAACCUGACAAGCAGAUUCCUCAGGCUGCUACUGCUCAUGAUACCGCCUACGACUUCUUCUCCCAGCAACCCAGUACCUUGAACAUGCUUAUGCUUAUCAUGUCGGGUUACUCUCUACCUCGUUCAUACCGCCACAUGAGCGGCUUUGGUGUCCACACCAUGCGCAUGGUUACCGAAGAAGGAGAUAGCAAGCUCAUCAGAUGGCACUGGAAGUCCAAGCAGGGUACCGCAAGUCUUUUGUGGGAAGAAGCUCAAGCCAUCAAUGGAAAGAACCCCGACUACCACCGCAAGGAUCUUUGGGAUGCUAUUGAGAAUGGUGCCUACCCCGAGUAUGAGCUCGGAGUUCAAAUCAUGGAUGAAGACCAACAACUGGCUUUCGGCUUCGAUGUCUUGGACGCCACCAAAUGGAUUCCUGAGGAACUCGUUCCCAUCACCAUUCUCGGAAAGAUGACUCUGAACGCUAACCCGACAAACUACUUUGCCGAGACUGAGUCUAUUGGUUUCCAGCCAGGACAUGUCGUCAGGGGUAUCGACUUCAGCGAAGACNNCCCCCUGCUUCAGGGUCGUUUGUUCUCCUACUUGGACACUCAGGUCAACAGACAGGGCAUCAACUUUGAACAGCUUCCCAUCAACCGUCCUCGCAUCCCCAUCCACAACAACAACCGCGACGGUCGUGGACAGCAAUACAUUCCUACAAACAACUACGCCUACUCUCCCAACUCGCUCAACAAUGGCUUCCCCAAGCAAGCCAACCAGACCGUCGGCAAGGGUUUCUUCACCUCACCCGACCGCCGCUUGACAGGUGCAUUCACCCGUGAGCUCUCACCUACAUUCAACGACCACUGGUCGCAAGCACGAAUGACCUGGAACUCGAUCACUCCAGCAGAGAAGCAGAUUGUGGUCAACAGUCUACGCUUCGAAGUCAGCCAAGUGCAAUCUCAAGUCAUCAAGCAGAACUUCGUCAUCCAACUCAACAGAAUCUCACACGAUCUGGCUUCUCGUGUUGCUGUUGCUUUGGUUGACGUUAUUGUUCCUGAACCUGACAACACUUUCUACAACUCGAACAGCUCUGCUCAUAUCUCCAUCUUCAACACUACUUUGCCUACUGUCAAGGGUCUUAACAUGGGUAUUCUGGCUUCGACAUCUUCCAACGCUUCCAUGGCUCAAGCAGCUCAGUUGAGCAAGUCUUUCGCAGCUCAAGGCCUUUUUGUCAGCAUUGUUGCAGAGUCUCUUCAGCCUUCUGUCAAUGUGACUUACUCCGCUGCCGACGCCCACGCCUUUGACGCUGUCGUCGUCACAGCAGGCGCAGAAGCAAUCUUCACAGGCGAGAAGGCUUCACCACUAUACCCUCUCAACCGCCCCAUGGAACUCAUCAAGAACGCAUACAGCUGGGGUAAACCCAUCGGUGCGGUGGGUACUGGCAGAAAAGCUUUGGAUGUUGCUGGUAUUCAGCAGCGCCCUGGCGUCUACUUUGCCAAUGCCACUUCUGAGGCUGUGGAGAACUUCAAGUGUGGUCUUGCCACUUUCAGAUUCUUGGACAGAUUCCCUAUGGAUGAG